UUGCCUCCAGUGUCUUACACAGGAAGGACCAUACCAUCAGCGCAGCGCACUGACAAGACCUCGACGGCGACGGUGCUGCUGUCGAGCUUGAGUUGGCUCUCACCAAGGAAAUUCGGUCGUCUAGCACAAGCCUUUCUUCAACGUCCGUGCGCUUGUAUAAAAGUAGCAGACGCACACUGGGAGCUUCACUUGCCUCCAGUGUCUUACACGGGAAGGAUUUCUCCAACAGUGCCCAACGCACUGACAAUACCUCGAGAGCGAAGGUGCUCUUGUCGAGCUUGAGUUGGCUGUCAGCAAGGAAAUUUGGUCGUCUCGCACAAGCCUUUCUUCAACGUCCGUGCUACUUGUAUAAAAGUAGCACACGCACACUGGGAGCUUCACUUGCCUCCAGUGUCUUACACGGGAAGGAUCUCUCCAACAGUGCCCAACGCACUGACAAUACCUCGAGAGCGAAGGUGCUCUUGUCGAGCUUGAGUUGGCUGUCAGCAAGGAAAUUCGGUCGUCUCGCACAAGCCUUUCUACAACGUCCGUGCACUAGUAUAAAAGUAGCGCACGCACACUGGGAGCUUCACUUGCCUCCAGUGUCUUACACGAGAAGGACGUUAACAACAGUGCCCGCGCACUGACAAAACCUCCACGGCGAAGGUGCUCUUGUCGAGCUUGAGUUGGCUGUCAGCAAGGAAAUUCGGUCGUCUCGCACAAGCCUUUCUACAACGUCCGUGCACUAGUAUAAAAGUAGCGCACGCACACUGGGAGCUUCACUUGCCUCCAGUGUCUUACACGAGAAGGACGUUAACAACAGUGCCCGCGCACUGACGAAACCUCCACGGCGAAGGUGCUCUUGUCGAGCUUGAGUUGGCGCUCGUCAAGGAAAUUUAGUCGUCUCGCACAAGCCUUUCGUCAACGUCCGUGCUACUUGUAUAAAACGAGCACACGCACACUGAGAGCUAUCACUUUCCUCCAGUGCCUUACACGGGAAGGAUCUGUCUACAAAACCUCCACUGCAACGGUGCUCUCGUCGAGCUUGAUUAAAUAGCUCUACAAGGAAAUUCAUUCGUGUCUUUCUUCAACGUCCGAGCCUUCUUUGCAAAAGAGCCUUUCUAGUCGAAAAUUGUCGAGUUGCUAAUUCUACAAUCGCUUUCAUCCAGUGUCUUACACGGAAAGGAUCUAUCUACAAAACCUCCACUGCAACGGUGCUCUAGUCGAGCUUGAUUUUAAGCUCUACAAAGGAAUUCAUUCUUUUGCCUUCUUUGCAAAAGAGCCUUUCUAGUCGAAAAUUGUCGAGUUGCUAAUUCUACAAUCGCUUUCCUCCAGUGUCUUACACAGGAAGGAUCUAUCUACGAAACCUCCACUGCAACGGUGCUCUAGUCGAGCUUGAUUAAUAGCUCUACAAAGAAAUUCAUUCGUGUCUUUCUUCAACGUCCGAGCCUUCUUUGCAAAAGAGCCUUUCUAGUCGAAAAUUGUCGAGUUGCUAAUUCUACAAUCGCUUUCCUUCAGUGUCUUACACAGGAAGGAUCAAUCUACGAAACCUCCACUGCAACGGUGCUCUCGUCGAGCUUGAUUAAAUAGCUCUACAAGGAAAUUCAUUCGUGUCUUUCUUCAACGUCCGAGCCUUCUUUGCAAAAGAGCCUUUCUAGUUGAAAAUUGUCGACUUGCUGAUUCUACAAUCACAUUGCUCCAGUGUCUUACACGGGAAGGAUCGAACCAUCACUGCAGCGCACUGUCGAAACCUCCACUGCAAACGAUUCACCGAGGAAGAAGAGUAUUUUAAGAAAAUCACCUGGACACUACGUUCUACGGAUUGCGAAUAUUUACGGAUUUAAGUUAAAUAUUCAUUUUUAAAAUGGAAAAGAAAAAUGAUAAUGUAAAUAGUGAUAGAUCUCCCCCAUCUCGACAUGAAAAUGAAAUUCGUCGCGUAGAAGAAUUGAAUAAUUUUCAUCGACGUGCGGUAUCACGUCCUUUUAUACAAGUAUUACCGUCUAGUAACCCGUUACCGCAGUUCAAUUUAUCGUCUAACCGACCAGUAGAAUUGGAAAAUCGUCCCCCUCAACAGACAAGUCCAAGAAUUCAAAGAACAGUGUCUAGUCCUUUUAUCCCUGUAUUACCUUUUGAAAGUAAUGAAGGUAGAGUGCGUCGUCCAUUAUUUGACCCAACAUCCAUGGAAGAAGCUUUUUCGUCUACUAGCGGAAUUACUGAAGAAGAAGUGUCGCUCGAUGAAAUUCCAUCCAACGUUCAAAUAGAAAAGUUCCAAUUUUUCGAUGAGAACACACGAAUGUCUGUAGGAAGUGGAGUAGAUUAUUGCAAGUCGAAGGAACAUGAUUUUGAUGAUGAUACAACGUUAUCAUGGCAGCGUAAUUUGGGACUGAUGAACAUCGUGUCAUCAUCAUCAUUCAAGGACAGCAGUACACCGAUGGAUAUUGAUAAUGAAGAGGAAGAAACAACAUCUAGUCCUACGCCGAAAAAAAGAUACAAGCUGAAUUUAAAAGAAGAGAAACUAGUUGAAGAUGUUUUCAGCCAACAGUCAACAUCAAAGGAACAGAAAUUAGGAAGAAAAACUCCUCUUAAGAAGAAAAAAUCAUUAUCUCCGAUACCCAGCACGAGUCGUCAAGCUGAUGAAAACGACUAUUUGCAAAGUCUCAAUUUACAGGAAGAGAAAGAUUCGACAUUCAAAAUCCCCGAGCCAUUAGCGACACCAUCAAAUAUGAAGAAAACAACAAAAUCUACAUCCAGGAAAGAAAAACAACAACAAACUAAAUUUACCAUAAAGACUGGAUUCGAAUCUUUCUGCCCAAAUGAACAAAUUCGUACAAUUGUGAAUGAUCAAGUACAAAUGUUAUCACGUAUGUUCAUCUUGAUAUCUCUAUUUGUCAAUUUUGCCCUUAGACAUCCUACAAAUACUUUUCUUCUUGACGAAUGGUCUAAGAAUGGCCCCGAUUACUUAACAAUUACAUAUUUAUUCAAAGAGAAGGAACCUGUUAAAUCAACAAAGAAUGCAUUUCUUAAGAAGUUGCGAGAAGAAUUUGUUCCUGAAUUUUCAGAAUAUAUGGGGCGACCAUUCGAAAAAUUUGAUUGCACUAACUUAACUUCCCAAGUGCAACAAAUGGCUGCACAAAUGAAUACUAAUUUCACUACAAAUCUCACUACUCACUGUAGAAAUCGACUCGCCAAAUUUUUUAAAAAUGAACUGCUUAAAAAAUCACCCAGCUACAAGGAGAGAAAAUCCAGAGUCAUUGACGAAAAAUCCAUUGAAGAGAGGGACAUGAAGCGAAAAGAAGAAAAAAGGAAACGUGCAAGAAAAAAUAAGAAGAAACGAAUUAAAUGGGACAAGAAGAAGAGGAUGAAAAGAAAAUCUGGAAGACAGAAGAGAAUUGAAAAACACAAUAAAUGUAGAAAUUUGUAUCCAAAUAAUAAAAAAAUGAGGGACAAAUUAAUAAACAUUCAAUCGAAAACGGAACAGAAAUCACGUAAUGUUGAUCUGAGGAAAAUUGUCUAUGACGCAAGAAAAACUAUUGGAAGGAAUCGAGGCAAGAAGAAAUCUUCCAAGAAGCCGAGAAUUCAACCACCAAAGAAACCACCAAAGACAACACCCAAAAACAAACCGUGCAGGAAUCUACCGAAGGAAAAAACACCUGAAAAUGAAACAAGCGAUACAACAUCUGCAACAAUCGAAAAAGACAUAGCGGAGGAGGAAGAGGAAAAAGAAAAAGAAGGUUACACAAUUAAAACCUUAAUUGACAAUCUUCUUUUAAAUAAAUGCGAAAGUGAAAAAUUAAAUCAAAUGAAUUUGGAGAAAUUGAACUUUGGAGACAUGACAAGUAAGGAUGAGUGUCACAAAUUUCUCCCUUUUUAUAUUCGCUUACAAAAAUAUUUUAUCGAUGAAAAAAUUAAAGGCUUCAUGCUUGUGCCUAUUAUGAAACCUGGUUUAAAGUACAUCUGCUACACAAAUACUGCACUGAGUGAUUUAGAAAUUGUUUUCAAGAAGAAGCAAAAUAAAACUGGAGAAAAAAAACCAACAAAGAAAAUGACGAGAGCCGAAAUUUCGAAACAAGAGGCAGAACACAAGAAACUCAUCUCACCGGUAAAAGAAAAGCAUAAGAAAUUGUCGAGUGAUAAGAAAAUUUUGACGAGAGAUAUAAAGUUAAUAAAAAGUGAAAAAAAUCCCCACAAUAAAAAAAGAUUGGCCGAAUUGGAAUUAAAAUUAAAAGUUUUAAAUGAAGAUUUAUCCAUCAUCAACAGUGAAUUAAAAAAAAUUACCGAAGUUCACAAAAAAGUCGUGACUGAGAGGAAUCAAGAUAAAUAUCUGGAAAAUGAACGAAGAUGGGAAAAACUUUUCAAUUUCUCGAAAUUACGCGUUAAUAAAACGAAGUAUAAAUUUUCAGGGACAAUUAUGACGGACGGAAUUGCCGUUUCCGUAAUUUAUAAUGUUAUCAAGCCAAAGAAAAUAAUUGAUUUCUUGCCUACCGAACAAGGAGAUGUGCGCGAUAAGACUAAAUAUAAAAUUUUAAAAGGACUAGACCCAGGAUUAAAGCUUGCUUUCGGUGGGGUUGAAAGGGAAAUGCAACAAGACUUUGAUAUUAAUUCUAAAGACAAACCGAUUAAAAUCCCCACGGCAACAUUUCGUUUCGAAACUCAGGAAUGUAAACGGCGAUCGAUUCUAUAUAAAGUAGGAAAUGAUCCGAUAACGUAUUACGAAAAUUUAUUAGAUACUCCCGAAUUUAAAGACAAAGUAAAUCAUCGCGAUCCAUCACUUAUUAUUCCGAGUACUAAAUUUUUAUUAAGAACAUUCUACGAUCAACAACCGAACAUGGAGAAUAAGAAAAUUGCUCGUCUCAGGUGGGAUAAGUACAUGCUUGUUCAACGAGAAACGGAUUAUCUUGCCGAUUAUCUGGUAGGAAAUAGAGAAGAAAAACAACUCAUAGCAAUAGGCAGUCCAAAAAUCUCCCCGUGGAUGCGUGGUCAUGUACGCAUGCCAUUAAAAAAAGUGGUACGAAGAUUAGCCGAAGAGCAAGAUAAAUAUAAAAAUUUACGUCUUGUUUUUGUCGACGAAUUUAAUACCACUAAAAUGUGCAGUACAUGUAAUCAGAAGAUGAAAAUAAUGAAAAAUAGAACUGCCUAUUGCUCCAGUUGCAGAAUAGCAUGGAAUAGAGAUGUGAACGCUGGAAGAAACAUUUUAAAUUUAGCUCUAGUUCGACUCGGUAUAAUUCAAAAAGAACAGCUUCCCGAUUCGACCAAAUUCCGCGCAAUCGCGAAAAUAGAGUAAUUAAUCUUCCGCAUUAACUUGAAAAAUGGGGUAGAUCUAUCUACUAUACAAUAAUUGGUUUUCUCCACUUGAUGGAAGACCAUGCCUUUGCACAAAGGCGUACACCACCAGAAUUAGGCUGUUUCACUACAUCGAGAUAUUUCGAGUUCGAGUAUGACGUCAGAUAGC